GUGAGCUGACAGCAUGAAUCCUGUGAGUUACCCGACUGAGAAUGUUCCAUUGCAGGGGAGCAAUGAUGGGUACCCUGGACUGCCUGGAUACCCUGGACCGCCUGGAUACCCUGGACAGCCUAGAUACCCUGGACAGCCUAGAUACCCUGGACAGCCUAGAUACCCUGGACAGCCUAGAGGACCUAUGGUUCAGUACACCACUGUGAACAUCGCCUCGGAGGCCCCCAGGGACCAUGUCAUCUGGUCAAUCUUCAACUUUGUCCACUGGAAUCCCUUCUGCCUCGGACUGGCGGCUCUCAUCUUCUCUAUCAAGGCCAGAGACCGGAAGAUGGCUGGAGACAUGUCUGGUGCCCGACACUACAGCUCCACUGCCCGCUGCCUCAACAUCUGGGCCACAGUCCUGAGUUGCCUCCUCAGCCUUAUUUUCAUCAGUGCUUUUAUCUUCAUGGUCGUAAAAAUUAAUCAGAUGGUCAGCCAUUUCAGGGAUUACGGGAGAAACAAUUUCCCUUACGGUGGCUAAAUUUCAAAUGGUGUUCAGAGUUGCCUGCUGCUGUGGCUUAGUGGCUCUUGUGGUUCUGUGCUUUACACUUACGGCGCAAUUUGUAACCUGUUGUACGCAAAACAGAUACUUUUGCUAUUUGUGUUACAAAAGCCUUAAACUCAGCCAUGUUUCUUUAGUGACAAUCUGUAGUUCACAUCUAUGCCGGACUGUUAUUAGAUUGUGACUUCCUGUCUGUAAGGCAUUUGUUUUAGCAAUGGUUCUGAAAAAAGAUAACAAUACACAUGCAUGCUAAAAUACAAUGAUACGAUUUCAAGAUAAUUAAGAUGUGAGAAGUACGAUGACCUUAAAUAAAUAUCAGGAAAACAUGGCAAAUGUUUUACAUCACGUGUUACACCUUACACAACGCCUUCUGAUGAAUGUUAAGACAACUUAAGUUUAUUAACAAGAA